AAUUUUUUGGAAAAUUUGUAAAUCAUAAUAGGUCAUGUGUACUCGUUUAUUAUAUGUAAAAUUUUAGCUAAAAAUGAAAGUGGUACUAAGUGGUUCAGGGUGGUACGAAAUCAUUUUUCUUGAAAUUAUGUUCUUAAAACUUCAAAUCUAAUAUCAAAAGUCAUCACUUUCCUUCUUGCAAAAAAAGAGUUAAAUCAAAAGGUUGAGUAAAAAUUAACUAAGGCAAGCUAUGAUAUUUUUUUUGGAUGGUUUUGGAGCUGCUGCACCUUACUGUUAAUCCAAAAAAAAAAAAAUGGAAAUAACGGAAGUCUUGACCGUUCCGUUCCUCAGUCAUUGUGAUUGGUAAUUAAAAAAUGAAAUUAAUAGUCCAAUCAAGAAGCGCCACCUGGCCUGACAGCAGCUACGGGCUGCAACCCGGGUUGCUGCCAAGUAUCGCCCCUCCUCCAAAUACAAAAGGGCACUCGAUCAGCGUAUUGUUCUUCCUCGUCUAGAUAUUCUUCCGUGUAGUUAGAAUUUUGUGUAGGAAUCGCUAAAGGAAGAUCAUGGCAUUUGGUGGAACAAGUAAGACCAUAACUCUCAAUCACCCCUAUGUCAUUCUCUGGACUUUUUGCUUUCUGUCUAAAAAAAAAACGAUAGGUUGAAUUAGUUGUAUUGUGCGUGUCCUUGUUCUCUCAAAGCUCCAUACUUGUUGGUUUGGAGCAAGUUGCUUUGCAAUACGGAUACUCAGAAUCUUGUGUUUGUGCGUCGUGAUCCAUCUUGAAACUAAAGCAUGCAUGAAUACAUAUUUUCAUUUAUUAAAUUUUAGUACAAUGAAUACUUAGAAUUCGAUAAUUUAUCGAAUGAACUUUUGAAUAGUUGAAAGAUACGAUGAAUAUUUAUAGGUUAUUUAAAAUAUUUAUAUAUGAAUAUGCACGAUUGAGAUAAUAAAAUGAACCUUACAAAUUAAGUUUAUCAAAAUAAUACAAAUUAUUAUAGUUGUACUAAAAUAAAAUUAGCGCACCAUAUACUUGAUUUUUAAAAUAUUUAUAUAUGAAUAUGCAAUAUUGAGAUAGUAAAAUGAACCUUUACGAAUUAAACUUAUCAAAACAUAACAAAUAAUAUUUGUUAUUAAAAUAAAAUUAGUACACCAUAUACAUGAUUUUUAGGUUAAAAUGCGUUUAUGUUAAUCAUAUACAUUAUAAUUAUAAUAAAAAUCUAUUGAGAUUUUAAUAACGGUUAACAUAAUAUUAAGUCUUUGUAUUUUUAUUAUACCAUCUUUACCCUUUUUAAUGAGAAGGAAAGACCGACAAAAGAAAAGAAGAUUCGGGAAGGAAACGGACGGCCAUCAAUGAUCAAACCCUUUCCGUGUCAACUACUCAAACUAGCGAGCAAGAAACACGUCAUUCCUUACCCGUUUCGCCUUUGUUUUAUUGGUUCUCCACAAACGCAGUUAGGUCGGCCAAUUUCCCCUUCUAUAAAUCGAUUCCAAUCCUCGCGUUUCUCCAUUCACCGAUUCACAAUUCAAUUCAAUUCAAAACUCUCUCCACAAUCAAAUCUUCGAUUCAGAGCUUUCUUACCAGCUUCUCAAGGUAACAUCCGGACCCGAUUUUCCCAUUUUUCUGUUCCUGUUCGUUCAGUUCUGCUUCGUUUGUGUUGAACGUUGGAUCUGGGGAUUGAUUAGCGUUCGUUCUAUCUGUUAAUUAGGGCUGUUAUGAUGACAUUCUUUUGCGGUCAAUUGUGAUCUCUUAGAUGGGAGUUCGAUUUUUGUGUUAUCAAAUUUAGGGUUUCGGUUGGAUCCUGGUAAUUUCGAUCGCGAGUUAUUGAACUAGGGUUUCUCGUCGUUUGAUUGAACAGAUGCAGAUCUUUGUCAAGACCUUGACGGGAAAGACCAUCACUCUCGAAGUCGAGAGCAGCGAUACCAUCGACAACGUGAAGGCGAAGAUCCAGGACAAGGAGGGAAUCCCUCCGGAUCAGCAGAGGCUGAUCUUCGCCGGAAAGCAGCUCGAGGACGGCAGGACUUUGGCCGAUUACAACAUCCAGAAGGAGUCGACCCUUCAUCUCGUUCUCCGUCUCCGUGGAGGCAUGCAGAUCUUCGUCAAGACUUUGACCGGAAAGACGAUUACUUUGGAGGUCGAGAGCUCCGACACCAUUGACAACGUCAAGGCGAAGAUCCAGGACAAGGAGGGUAUUCCUCCCGAUCAGCAGAGGUUAAUCUUCGCUGGCAAACAGCUCGAGGAUGGCAGGACCUUGGCCGACUACAAUAUCCAGAAGGAAUCCACCCUUCACCUGGUCCUCCGUCUGAGAGGUGGUAUGCAGAUAUUCGUGAAGACACUGACUGGCAAGACCAUUACUCUUGAGGUCGAGAGCAGUGACACUAUUGACAACGUUAAGGCCAAGAUCCAGGAUAAGGAAGGGAUCCCUCCAGAUCAGCAGAGGCUUAUCUUUGCAGGGAAGCAGCUUGAAGAUGGAAGGACUCUGGCAGAUUAUAACAUCCAGAAGGAGUCGACUCUCCAUCUCGUGCUCCGUUUGAGAGGUGGUAUGCAGAUUUUUGUGAAGACUUUGACUGGAAAGACCAUCACUCUUGAGGUUGAGAGCAGCGACACCAUUGAUAAUGUCAAGGCGAAGAUCCAGGAUAAGGAAGGGAUCCCUCCAGAUCAGCAGAGGCUCAUCUUUGCCGGGAAACAACUUGAGGAUGGGAGGACUUUGGCUGACUACAACAUCCAGAAGGAAUCCACCCUGCACUUGGUCCUGCGUCUAAGGGGAGGGAUGCAGAUUUUUGUCAAGACCUUGACUGGAAAGACCAUCACCCUGGAGGUGGAGAGCAGCGACACCAUUGACAAUGUGAAGGCCAAGAUUCAGGAUAAGGAGGGUAUCCCACCAGAUCAGCAGAGGCUCAUCUUUGCUGGAAAGCAGCUUGAGGAUGGAAGAACCCUGGCGGAUUACAAUAUCCAGAAAGAGUCUACUCUUCACCUGGUCCUGCGUCUCCGUGGUGGCUUCUAAAGUGUCUCGUCUCCCUGGUGCUGCUAUGGCUCCUGCCAUGACUUGCUGAAGGAUUUGGGUUAUCUUCUGAAGGAUGUUUUAGUUUCUGGUUGUCUGUGUGGUAGCCAAAUGGACCCUCAGUUUCAAUUUGUUUUAGUUUGUCCAGUACUUUGUUGGCUUUGGAUUGUGAACAAUCUAUAUUUCUGUUUGUUUAAUAAUGAAGUUGGGGAGUAUGUUCGUUUCUAUGGAUGCAUGUUCUCUACCUCUCUCUUGUUUGCAUGCCAAGGUUUGAUGAUAUCUUGGUUGGGCAGCGGCGACCUGCUGGCUGCUACUAUCUCUCUGUUUCAAAUUUCAGUGGUAUGCCGCCAGGGAUGAACCAUGUAGUCCUUGCAUCUCUACACUAAGCCAUUUAUGGUUUCAAACUCCGAUCGUGGAAGACAUCUGUCUUCUUUGAUUUCUAGUAAUAGACUAAAAUAGUGUAAUACCAGCUGACAGCCUGACAGGCCUGUGCUGUAUUAUUGAACGACUUUGUAUACUGUAUAAACCAUAACAAGUAAGAUCAAAAUUGGUAGAGAAGUAUAUGGUAAAAUCAAAACAAAAAAUUGAU